GGUUGUUUUGGGGGUUUUUUUGUUUGGUUGGUUUUUUAAGGUGUUUUUCUGGCCUGUAAAAUCCUACUCCAUUUUAUAGGUGAAACUAUCGUAGGUACUUCCUAUAUCUAAAUUUAAAUAAAUUUUAAAAGCCACACAUUACAAUUAUCUUGAUAGUUACUUGCAUUUCUAAAUUGAGUCUGAGAUGGAUUGAUUUCUCUACUUGUCCCCAGCUGGCAAAAAGCAUUAAAUAUGUCUCACAUUGCAAGUCAUCCCAUAUUCCACAAGAAAGUGUACUGCACUGUAUUUUAAAAACAACUGCAAAAGAUUAUCAUUGCCAUAAUUUAACUUCAGUGAACCCAUUGAAAAGCACUUAAGGCUACCCAUAAAUGACCACCACUUUAUUUAUAUGGUUCUGAAUACGUGGAUGAAUCACUUCAGCCUGCAUUAUUAAUACUAUAAUAGUGAAGGAACACUGUGGACCAGAUGGUGCAAUGUAUCAUAAGGACACAUCGCUGUUCUUUGAAAAUACACACAUAUAAGUUCACACACAAGUUCUUAUACUCAAAUCCCAGUUUGGCUGCUGCUUUGUCAACGUUUCUGAAUAAAGCAAUGCUGUUGCUGCCUCCUUGCCUGCAGAAGCGUUUUCAGUGUGACCUGCUGAAACUUCCUUGGUUAGGUUAUGCCUCUCAGGAACUGUUUUCAAGAGGGUGUUUUGGGAUUUUAGUGCCUACUUUCUGCUGAAGCUCUCUGCAGGCACCUGAAAUCUCAUAUAAAUUUGCCUAUAAAGCACAGGUAAAUUCUGAAGCAAAAUAUGUAAGCUAAACAAAAAAAUCAUUAACUGGUUUCUAUUCUUCCCUUAACUUAAAGCUUGUCCUAAUUAAAGGGAGGGGACCUUCUCCCUUAAACAAGCCAAAGAGACCAUGAAAAUGACUUGGUAGCCUGAAUCCCACCUUGGUAGAACAGAAGACAUGGGCAGUGCUCCCCUCACCUCCCACAGGAAAUCUGUCAGGCAGGCACUUUCAUAGCAUGCUUUCUAACAUGCACAGGCAGGCUUGACAUCCAUGCUAAAGAGAACUCAAAAUGCUUCUGGAGGGGCCACAGAACAUCAGCCUUUUGGCUGCUAAUUUAGUGAUGAAAACACGUGCACAGGACCAGAGAGACCAGGGUUCAGUCUCCUCCUCCUCCAAACUUCACAGGAAGCAACCUUCAGAUGGAAAAUAGAAGAACACUCUUUCUCCCUACGUUUUCCUGACCAGUAGAUAACAAAAUCCUAAUCUUUUUUUGAUCCAAUAAGUAUCAAAAUCCUCUCUGUGGGGAAAGUAAGUGCAACUGGUAUAACAUGAAAGCUGGAACCACAGUCACAUCACAUAACUAAUAAUACUGAGAUUUUGGAAGAAAGAGAUGAGUGAGUUUUUAGUAGAUGAGGUAGAGAAGGGGCCUGAAACCAAUCUCUACCUUCUGCCAUGGUUGCUUUAUUUCAAUAAAAGCCAAAGAAGAUAAUAAAAUCUCUCCCUUCUGCCAUGGUUGCUUUAUUUCAAUAGAAGGCAAACAAGAGAGAAUAAAAACUGUUUGCUGUGUAUGGGAGGAUAGGAAGGUGUAAUAUGUCUUCCAAUAACCAUGUUUUAAAAAAAAUGACAAAUCAUUCUCAGUUCUUAAAAAAAAAAAAAAUCAAUUUUUCUCAUAAGUGAGGUUACUGGCAGUGAGUUCAAGCUGGCAGAGCCCUGCAAUAAGACAAGCAAAACCAUGGCUAAGGUUUACUCAUGUAUCCUAUUUGUUUCAGAUGUCAGAUAUAAGCAUUUUUUUGCCUCAGAGGCCAGCUGGCUGUCACCUCAGGUAAUGGUGUUUUGGAUUGCAUUCAGUCCUAACUCUUCCUGGGAAUCAAAUAAAGCCUAAAUGUCUACCCCAGGACUCUGGGUUCCUCUGCAAAGGUGAGCACUUAGAAGUUUUGUGCCACCCAAGCUUUUAAUUGGAUGCAACCCUAUAAUUUCUUCCAUAAUAGGAUGACCCAGCAGGAUCACUUACAGCAGAGCAUGAAAGCAAAUGCCAAAGAAGUGAAAAUGCAGAAGCAUAAAGCUGUAGUAUUGAUUGUUUAAAUUGCCUCAUUCAACAGCCUUAGGCUGACUAUGAAUAUUUCAGUAUUGUACACCACUUCAGUUUCACAUUUAAUGUGUUUCUGGAGUAAACAAGUGAUGCUUGGGAAAGCCUUCCUUCUUUAUAAACAAAAUAAGACAAGGGUUCCCAAAGAAAACUCAGAAGCAAUCAAUCAGAGAUUUUAAAACAAACUGAGGCAUAAUGGAAGUCUCAUAAAACAUAUCUUCAAAAUAAUUCUGUAAUAGCCUAAUGGGCUAUUUCACUGACUUUUUUUAAAUCAAAAUACAAUGCCACCAGUACAAAAAAAAAAAUAGUUGAAAAAUUCCUGUUAUACUGAAAGAAAAUUAAGGUUCAAAAUGGCAAUGUUUAGACAGCACUGGGAUUUUGUUGAGCUAAUGCUCUGUCCAAACACCUAAGAUCUUAACAACAAGCUCCAGAAAAGCUGUGGCAAAGUGCUGCUGGAUGUUUCAGCAUGUUUCUCUAUUGCUUUUAAUUCUGUGCAGUGGUGUCACACAAUUUGAGAGCCAGUUACUAACAAAGACCUCUUUCACAGAUGGUGAGUGGGGAUGAGACAAGCAGGUGUCCACCCUAGCAGAGCACUGGAGAAACAAGGUCUUGCCUAGAGAACCGACAAGGCACGUAUAACAUGACAUCCACGUGUAUAACAGCUGAGAGAGUGUCUCUGCCAUCCAAGGGGAUACCAUGGGUGCUAAAACUACUAUUUGAGAUAAAACUUAUUAUGAGCAACCCUCUCUGUAAGAGGAGGAAAGAGGCUGUGCAGACAGAUAUUAUUAUAUCACACCACCAAGUCCGCACAUGCUGUCGACAGAGAUUUGUAAUGGGAAGACAAUUUUCCCCAUAGACUUUCUGGCUGAAUUUCGGCUUCUGUUCUUGGUAAAAAUGUUUAUAUUACAGACAGUUGAGUUCUCAGUACUUAAACAGAAGUAUUUGUAGAGUCAGAUCAGCCUAGGUUAUGCAACAUAUAGAACUACUGGAUAGGAUGACCACAGAAAAAGUGCAAUCCGGAGGAAAUCAUCCGAAGUAAAAUGUUCUACAUUUUUCAGGCCUCUACUUAAGGCUUGAUUUGUGACCAAUGCCCAGAGCCCUGGACAUCCCAAUAUCCAGAAACCAGCUCUGGAAAUGCUUAAUUGAAAAAUUUCUAUCUAUCUCAGCCCACAGAAUGGGACUCACCAUACUUACAGAAAAUCUUAAAACUUGUAAUCACAAGUAUACUAUAUAAAUGCCAGCUGGUUUGACACUGUGUGAAGUGAAUAGUGGAUUAUACAUUACCAAAAAAAACCAAAACCCCAAAAAACAGCUUUCCAAAGGAAACCAGCACUGUCAGGAAAAGAGAUAUGCCAACUUCUUGCCACCCAGAGGUGAAACACUAAAAUCCUCAUUGCUCAGCAGAUAACUACAUCUCAGACUCCAGUUUGGAGAGCAAAUUGCCCCAGAAUUGACAUUAAAUAGAAACAGCACAGGGACUCCAAAUGUUGUGUCACUUAUGGAAUAUUUUAUGGGUUUAGUUUAAAGUGGAAUCUAAAAUUUACAUUUAAAUUUAAAAUUCAGAUUUUAAAUACUUCAUUUUUAAAAUAAUCAGUCCAGGUGCCAAGUCUUUGUUUGGUUGUUCUUUCAUGGAGAACAGCUGAAAGAUCUCCUUUUUCUUUCUUUUUUUUUUUUUUUUUUGUGUCCUAGUCUCAUGCCAUGUUCCUGCUAAUUACUGUUGAUUAGCAAACAGCUUGGCAAUUAAUCCUGGCAAGUUAGUCAUCAGUUUGAUAGCACUGCAUGUCAUCCAAAAGGUAGGGGGAAUUCAUUGUUAGUUUCAGACAAUUAGCAAGGGGCUGGCAGAGCUCACAACUGCCUAAAAGCUCAGUGUUCCAGAACUGCUGAGACGAAUUACUGAAUCAAUUAAAUCACAUCAGUGGAUGUCUGCAAGCAUAUUUAAAGGUAGGAAACAAGCCACUGAGAAUUAGGGGGAGGGGAAAGACUAGCAGGAGGGUUUUUUUGGUGUUGUGUUUGGUGGUGUUUUUCUUAAGCUGUCGGAGUUUGUUCUGUUCUUCCAUUAAAAUUAGUUAAAUUUAGCUAAAAGCUGGUGUUGACUUAAAGUGAAAUAAUCUAGUAAAGAGUAAGAGCUAAAAUGACUUUCCUUCCAAAGUGGUUAACUUUUCUGAAAGGCAAAGAAGUUGUUAUUGCUAAUGCUAUAAUUGCAAUACUGACAAUUGGUGGGCAGCAGCUUUUCUCUUUUUUCACGUUCAGUUGUCCCUGUCAUGUUGGACAGAACCUUAUUUAUGGGCUGGCUUUCCUAGGAGUUCCUGCACUGAUCCUUCUGAUUCUUGGCUAUGCCCUGAAUAACCAAACUUGGAGGCUGGUUACAGGCAAAAAAUCUCAUUUUGAGAACAUGACUACAUCAGACCGGUUACUGAAAUGCAAGCUGAUCUGCUUUGUCUUGUGUAGCAUCACUGGGAGAGCACUGGUUGCUCCAGUAACAUGGCUAGCAGUCACCCUGAUAAAUGGCUCAUAUUACAUCUGUGCUGUGAGUGAGUAUGUCCCUACAUAUUAUUAUGGAGCUAAUCCUAACAUUACUGCUAGUGAACGCAGAAGGAUAUUGGCUACAUUUCCAUGUAGUCAGUUAGUUCCACCAGAGAUGACCCGGGCAAGAGAUGAAGUGAUUCUCCUACUCCGAUACCAGUCACAAGUGGCUGGUUGGCUUCUGAUUGCUGCGGUAGUCAUCACUGUCUUCCUGUCUUACUGCCUGGCAAGCUGUUUCUCCCCGCUCAGCUUUCUGCAUUUCAGAUACUGGAGCAGCUAUGUUCACAAUGAGCAGGAGCUCUUUGAUGAGGCAACGGAGCAGCACUCCAGGCUCUAUGCCAUGCAGCAUGUAAGGAAGUUUUUUGGCUUUGUCCCAGGAAGUGAAAAUGUAAAGGAAAUUCGCAUCCCAUCUCUCAGAGAGUGGCAAGCCAUUUCUGGACUGGCCUUUCUAAAACAAGUGGAUGAGGAGCACUACGAUUAUAGUCUCCUCCAUGACUGGGCACUCAAGGAACGUGCAAAUGGAAGAUACUUGAAGACUGAUGAAGACCCUUUGAUCAGAACACAGCUCUGAGGAUCCAAGCCACCAUACCACCUUGCAGAAAUGCAGGAACCUGUCUCGCUCUGUAUCAGACCUGAGCAGCUCUGGAACUUCCCAAUGCAUUAUUACAUUGACAUAUAAACUAUGUGAGCAAGUACAUCUUGUUAAUGUAGUCCUUUAGCAUGCUUACAGAUGCCUUUACUGAUGGCAUCUGACUCCUAGGGGAUGUGAGCUAAGUCUAGAUUAGGGUGGGUUGUUUCAAACUGCAGCUCUCUGCUUUCUGAUAGUUGUGCUAAAAGGAUAAGUAUGUACUGGUAAAGUUAUUUGCAGAUGCUUUUUUGAAUUUUUUUCUUCCCAUUAAAAAGAUUUUUAAUAGCUAGAUUUUUGACAGCAUCCUCUGAGUUGGUCCAUUCUGUACAGAGCAAAAGCAGCUAUUCAGCUUUUCUCUCAGUGAGUCCUAGCAUAAUUACUUAUGUCUUCUCUUCCAUUUUUCUUUUUUUUUUUUUUUGUAUUGUAUGAAUAAAGUACACUGAGCUAACUAUAAGCUAAGUUUGUGGCUACAGUAGCACAAAAGAAACAUAGAGGAAAUCUUAUUGUCAAAGGCUGAGUCUAGAUACAAUGAUGAGAGAACUUUCAAUUCUAGUAAGGAGAGAAAAUUCCCAGUGAGGCAAAGGAUGGAGGUAUCCAACACGUAGCAGCUGUAUGAACAAACACUUCACAUUUGGUAAACUGAGUUGAAAGCUAUUCUGGCUGAAAGCAAUAGUAAGAUCAGUCUCGUUUUUAAAAACACUUCAAAAUCUCUCAGGUGUUUGUGUGCUUGCCCACUGUACAAACAGCAAAUCAGGACAGGAAAAAAAAUCUCAUUUUGUGCAGUAAGGUUUGCUUUGCCUUCAAAGAUCUUGUAGUUUAGGCAUACUACUGGGCCCAUGAAUGUUACUGUGAUUAAAAACUACUGAAUUUAGUGAAAGAAGGCUUAAUGAUGUUUUUGUGUUAAUUCAGUGUAGUAUGAUGCGAUGUUAUUCAUCUCCUCUCUAACUCCUUGUGCAGAUGUUUCUAACUCUAAAAGGGUUUGGGGGGAAAUGCAUACGGUAAUUUUUCCUAAUGCUUCCUGUAUUGCCUUGUCAUGUACAUAUACACAUGUUGUAUGCUCCAAAGCUACAUGCUAAACUACAGGAUGCUAUCUGCUAUUAAUAAAUGACCCCUGGUGGUUGAGGU